UCGUUUAUUUAUCGCAUAAAUUACUACUAGACACUAGUAUUAUUAUUGUCUUACUCACUCUUCUUCUCGUCUGUCGACUAGUAGACCGGUAAACUCCGUCUCCUCCGGCAGUUGUGCGACCAACCACCGCUCACCUUUGUUUAUUCUCCUCUCAGGAUAAAAAUGCCAAAAGUGAUGACAAGCCGAGUUAAAUACCCAGAAGGCUGGGAACUAAUUGAGCCUACGCUUCGUGAACUUCAAGGAAAGAUGAGGGAAGCUGAGAAUGAUCCUCAUGAUGGCAAAAGAAAAUGUGAGACUUUAUGGCCUAUAUUCAAAAUUGCACACCAGAAGAGCCGCUACGUAUUUGACCUCUACCAUCGGAGAAAGGAAAUUUCUAAAGAAUUGUAUGAAUUCUGUUUAGAUCAAGGAUAUGCCGACCGCAAUUUGAUUGCAAAAUGGAAGAAGCCUGGUUAUGAACGCCUAUGUUGCUUGAGGUGCAUACAGCCACGCGAUCACAAUUAUGCCACAACUUGUGUUUGCAGAGUGCCCAAGCAACUCAGGGAGGAGAAGGUUAUUGAAUGUGUUCACUGUGGUUGCAAGGGUUGUGCAAGUGGGGACUGAUCGAACCUCAAUUCUAUUACCUGGAGCCUGGAGGGUUUGUUGCGGUUCAACUUCUCCACUUUGUAUUACCGUUUACUAACUUCACAAGAGCUAUGCAUUGGGAUAUUUUAAGUUAAUUAUUAUAUUAUCUGCAUAGUUCAAAACCUGACUCGAGUUUUGUAACAUUUGGAGUAGAAUAAUCGAACAACUUGUAAUACUUUUUUUGCUCCUUGUUGUAUUAUUAUUAUUUGUUAGACUUCUUCUGCCUUUUCUCAAUAGUCAAUACAAAGCAUAAAUAAUGUUUUGUUACUUCAA